AAAAUGCUUUCUUAAAAUGAAUACGACAAUUAACCUAUGUAGGAUGUUCCCAACUUUUGGGCGCACACUUAACCCAGGUAAAAAAGAGAUCGCUUUUUUUGUCUUAUCAUUUCUGAAGUGAAUCUCUUGCUGAAUGCUGUUUAGGUAUGUUUUUUUAUCGUGAUUUUGUGGAUUACAUUUUACUAAUGUUUACUUACACGUAAGGGGUCCCUGCAGUCCGACGGCCCCGUAUCAUUGGCACGGCUGUACGGCGGUAGCUGCGCCCCUGGUGCGGAGGACGUGCUGUGCGGAGGCGGCGGCGGAAGCGGCGCCGAUAGCGGCGUGUGUCGCCGCUCCACACUCGGCAGCAUCUAGCGCAGUGCUCCUGUAGCUGUGCCGGUGCAGUGUCGCGUCGGUCGCGUGUCUAGUCUCGCCCUCGCAGACGAGUGUCUACCUCAGGAUGUCGCUGGCGCGCGCGGGGCGGCGCCUGCUGCGCGGCGGGCGUGCGCGCUGGGCGCUGGCGCUGCUGGCGCUGGCGGCGCUGGCGGCGCUGCGGCUGCGGCGCGAGGCGGCCACGCGCGCCGCCUUCCCGCGCCACUCGCCGGCCGCGCUCGCGCACUUCCUCGCCGACUUCGCCAACCAGCCGCGGCUGCACGCGCACAUCGGCGCGUGGCGCGUGCAGCGGGAGUGGCGCGACGCGGCGUGCUGGCACUACGCCGUGCAGUACGAGUGCGGCGCGCGCUGCGCCGGCCGCGCGACGGUCGCGGCGUGCGACGGGGACGCGCGCACGCACGGCGCGUCGCGGCGCCACCGCGUGCGCCUCGCCCUCCGGCGCUGCUGGCGGCUGCCCGCGCUGGGCUGGCCGCUGCUGUGCGAUCAUUUGGAGACUGACAGCCUGAUCACGCCGCUAGAGGGCGGCGGCGCGCAGUUGGAGGAGCAGGCGAGCGCGCGCUGCGGCGUGCUCGCGACUGUCGCGGGGCGCUGCGACGUACGCGCGCUGCGCCUGACGCACCACACUGCGCUGCGGGAGUUGCUCGGCUAACCGCUACAAAACUCAUACAAUUCAUAUAUCUAUUUCUAAGACUAAAUAAGGAGUCUAUAGCUAUACAUGAAGUGAAUGAAUUGCUGUCCAGUUUGGCUAAAUCUAUAAUGACACGCUUGUGUCGAUCUCGCUCACCGACCUCCAAGGGAUGAUGACAGUUUAUUGAAUUGUAUUUAUGUAAAUUACGAGUAAGAGUAGAUGGAAAAUUAAGUUAUUAUUACCAAACGGAAUAAUUAUAAUGGAAGAAUGAAUUUUUCUGACGGGUUUAAAUUUAAAUAACGAGGGAAGCAUUCUUUUUUGUAAAUUAAUUACGGUUUAACUUAAGUACGGUUUAACUCAAGUAAAUUUUCGGAAUAUACUUUACCAGGUUCGAAUCAACUGGGCUUUUUUGACCAUUACCAGUUUAUAAUACUGAUAUUAAAAAAUAAGCACUUCAAUAUGUUGUCAUCUAAACAUAGCCGCGAUAGCCCAGUGGAUAUGAUCUCUGCCUACGCUCCGGGCGUAGGUUCGAAUCUCUACUCUCUCUCUAAAUCGAAUCAGGUGCGUGCACGUCCAACUUUUCGUUUAUGUGUAUUUUAAGAAAUAAAUAUCACGUGUCUCAAAACGGUGAAAGAAAACAUCAUAAGGAAACCUGCAUAUCUGAGAAUUUUCUUAAUUUUCUACGUGUAUGAAGUAGGUGAAUAAUUUAAAUAGGGACAUUAACCAUAUUAUGUACACUUAUAUUGACAGUCGAGCGGUCAGUCGACAAGAGACUGGAGCUGCAUAGCUCGCGACAGGAGCGGAGCCAGAUGGUUGAGAAGGUGCCAUAAGAGCAGUGCAAAUGCGAUGCGCAUUAAUUUUUCUCAUGUUCCAAUCCCAAUUUAAUUAUUCAAUCUCAGUGUUUUGUCAGCUUUCGACGUCCUAUUGCAUCGCGAAUUGAGAUUGUCAAUGUACGAGUAGCCUCCGACCGUCGGUUUCAGACAAGGUUAGGCGAAAACACGGGUUUCGGUUUAGUUUCGGUUUCGGUUGAAAUCCGACCAAAACUACAGCCAAACCGUACAGUAACUGUCUUUUUUCUAGUCUUAAAUUCCUAUGUAGACCUUGAACAACUGCGGCGGUCGCUACCAAACGUGCGAAAACUAGUUAAUCGCUUGCAGAUAUACCAAAUUGUAAGAUAUCUAAAGAAGAGUUUUUCUAUUUAACUAACUUCUUUGUUUCGUCCGAAAAAAUGAACUUGUUUGUUUUCAGCCGAAACACAGAUUGAAGCUGUAAUUCGGUUUCGGUUUCACUGACUUUGGUCCAACAUUAUCAAUUUGUAAUGUGGGAUAUUUAAUUUAAGUAAAGCUGCAACUAGUUAAAAUCCACGCAUACAGUAAAAGUUAGAGUCACAGAGUGCAAUGGCGACCGCUCAGGAAUCAAUUAAAUAAGGUAAUCGUAUACAGCCGUAUCUUUCUAAGGUUCCGAACAAAAACUGAAUCCUCAAAUAAGUGCAAUCGCGUGUCUGUCCGUCACUGUCCAAGCGGCUUCUCCAAAUGUACUGCCAAUUGCCAGUAAUAGAAAUAAAUAAAUGACGAUAACAUAUUUGUAAAAAAAAUUGUAAAUUCUAUACGUACCUAUGUUUCUUAUGUAGAAUUCUUUUUGUGUAUUAUGUUUAUUUUAUGGAGAGCUAAUCACCGCUGUACAGCUAUUUAUACCUUUUUUCGUUUGUUUAUGAUCAUAUUAAAUUUGGUCCAAAUAUAAAAAA